ACAGAAAGUGGCGGGGAUUCGGUGAGCAGGGGCAGUGGACGUGCGGUGACAGCCAUCUCACGGCAACUCUGAAGCUAUGGCGUUCGCAGGGCUCAAGAAACAGAUCAACAAAGCCAAUCAGUAUGUCAGCGAAAAGAUUGGCGGAGCGGAGGGUACCAAAUUCACGGACGAGUACAUGGAAAUGGAGAGGAAAAUAGACUUGACCAGCGAGUUAGUGGAAGAGCUGAUUGUAAAGACGAAAGAAUACCUCCAGCCAAAUCCAGCAUCCCGAGCAAAGCUGAUGGUAAGCACGAAACUCCGAGGACCGGGAAAAACUCAUGCAUAUCCUCAGCCGGAAGGCGUGCUCGGAGAAUCCAUGGUCAAGUACGGCACUGAUUUGGGCGAGGAGAGCCCUUUUGGUCAGAGCCUGAUCGAAGCUGGAGAGGCCCUGAAGCAGCUGGCCGACAUCAAGUAUGCCCUGGAAGAUAAUGUGAAACAGAACUUUCUUGAGCCCCUUACCCAACUUCAAAACAAGGACCUUAAGGAUGUUUUGCACCAUCGCAAGAAAUUGCAGGGUCGACGCCUGGACUAUGACUGCAAAAAGCGGAAACAGCUGAAAGGUGGCCACUUGACAGAAGAAGAGAUUAAGCUCGCCGAGGACAAAUUUGAAGAGUCUUUCAACUUGGCUUCCAUGGGGAUGUUCAAUCUUUUACAAAAUGAUGUUGAGCAAAUCUCCCAGCUUCAUGCCCUUGCUGAAGCCUUCUGUGAAUAUCAUCAGCAGUGUGCGGAAGUGCUCCAGGGACUCACAGAAAGGUUGCUUGAACAAAAAGCGGAAGCAGCGGAACGUGAACACGAGCCAUACGAACCCAAGAAGCUGUCCGAUCUCAACCUCACGACGAUGCACGACGACGUCUCGCCCAUGGUCGAGUCAGGUGGGGGCUACUUCAAUGGCGAGCCCCAGCAUAACUCCCUCUUCUUCACCUCGGCCCCAACUGCGUCUCCUGCCCGCUCUCCCCUGAGCUCGCCUGUGAACCCACAGCCUGCCAAUAACCUCUUCCUGGGCAGCUUCCCCAAUCCGCAUGGCACGGGGGCCUCGCCUGGCUCCAGGUCUCCCAAUGCUUCUCCACUUCCAUCGCCGGUGCGGUCGCCAGCCCGGGCCCCGCGUGCUGCCUCCUGCCGAGCGCUGUACGACUUCGAGCCAGAGAACGAGGGCGAGCUGGGCUUCCACGAGGGAGACCUCAUCUCACUCGUGCGCCGCGUCGAUGACAACUGGUACGAGGGUAGCCUCGACGGCCGCACGGGCAUGUUCCCCGUCAACUAUGUCGAGGUGGUGGUGCCGCUGCCGUGAAGCAACAUGCAGCUGGGCCACAGCCACUGCUGUUCUACUGCUGGCUGAUGAUGCCACUUGUUACCAGCUGCACAAAUGCCUGCUGUGGGGAACAAGAGGCUCUACCAACCCUCCAUCUGUGUUAGCUCUGAAUUCAGCGAGUCCCAUCUGUUGAUUUUGGUCUUACGUGUGGAACGGUUCACAUCCGGACUUAGUCAUUUUGGGUUGUUUUACAUAUGUAUUUUUUUUUCCUUGCAGCCAUGCUUUCGAUCAUAACGGCAAACUGCCCAGUGUUGAGUGUGAAAAUGUAAAUAUUUAUUAUUUAGUGCCACGGACAUUUUUUAGGUCAUUGUUUGUUUAUGUUUGGACUCUGCUCCCCAUUUUCCCCACCCCUGCUCUAUUACUUGAGGACCUUUUGUUCCUGCGGUUUGAGAAAAUGAUGACGGUGGUUUCUUUCAUGAAGAUCGAAAAAAAAAAAAAUGCCAGAAGUGCUUUUCUUAGGCACAAAUCCAAAGGUUGUGUUGGUUGCAGAUAACACUUUUUUUUCUUCCUUUUGUUACAUUAAAAAUUAAUGCUCUUUCUGUUAAGGAGCAUCAUUCAACGAUGACCUUUUUGCUGUUCAGUAUGAACUUAAGACAUGGCCGGAUCCUACCGACCGGUUAGAACCAACAAGGUGUCUCUCGUUUGUUUCUUUUGUUCACUCUGUAAAUCAUUGCGGCUUUUUCUUCUUUUUAAUCUUCCACUUCCGACUCUACGUCUUUCAUGGCAUCAAUCAUGUACCACAUCUCCCAAUGCCUGUAGAGAACCCUGUUGAUCGUGACUUAAGUGUCCUGUUCUAUCGAAACUGCUACAUUUACUGUAUGUGGGAGUUGUUAUAAAGCUCACCGAAGAUUCUACUUACCCAGACGCUUGUAGGCAAUGUGCGGCUUCCCGUUCUGCUUCUUUGCCUUUACUGUCCGUCUCUGCAUGUGCGUAACUCAGGGGUUCCCAAACGUUUCAACACUACAGGAACUGCCUCGGUGUUGAAAAUGUGCCAGGGAGCCUCCUCAUCCUCUCAGAUACAUAGAGAGCAAAGACAAAGGGCUCCUCAGUUAAUAUCUGCACUUACGCUGGCAAGUCGCUACACAUGGUAUGUAUCUUCAGAGUGUUGCAAAGGGGGAAUCGAUAGUAAUAUAGCAACGGCGAAGAGAAGGUCACAUAGGUGUAUGGUUACAUGAGGAAUCAGGUGCUCAUGUGACUCCAGAAAGAUUUGGAAACAAAGGACCUGAUGGAAUUUCUUCUGAAGGUACCACCUCCAUUUAAUCAAUCAAGCAGCGAGACAAUGCUGAGUGGUGAUGCUGCACAAUCAAGUGGCUGGUUAUUAGGUUUGCUGAGUUUGGAAAAAGUGAAAAGGAAAAAAGGCAGAUGCACAGCUCUGUAUACUGGUGAAAACAAAGAAGUGCACCGUGAAACCCGAGGUUUCAACCAAAUGCAGUUUGCGAACUUCUGAGUUAGAUGCUUUGUGCUCCUUUAGUGGCUGGCCUCAUGAUGCAAGUUCCACGUACCCCAUUCCUUCAAGUUUGUCAUUUGUGAGAGCAUGGUUGUGAAAUGCUUCCCUCUAAUGUCCAGCUGGUGCUAUUCAUGCCUGUAUUGCGAUGAAAAGGGAAUGAUCAUCUUUCGUGUGUUGUAGGCGGCAGGUACUGCUGCCAUUCUUCGUUUGCUUGGACAGUUCAAACCAGCACUCAGUAGAGAACUGGUAGACUGCUCUUCAACAUCUUGCAGCAACAGCUAUAGGAGAGGAGUGAUGAUUAAAGGAUGCCUUGUUUUAAGGGCAGUGCCUCAAAAUAAUCAAGCUUUCCUUCGAUAGUCUGUCAAGGCCAUCUAAUAUGUGGCCAUCCCCUGGUACUGGUUACUUUCGAGUGCUGUUUUUUUAUUUUUGGCCGAACACAAAUUCAAAAGAAAAGCAAAGACUGACAUAAGAAUAGUUGGUCCCUUUUUCCUUUUCAUUCUCAAAGUGUUUGUGCUCCUUGUGUUGCAGUUCAGUUGUUCUGACUGCCUAAUCAUGUCACUGCACAAAGCAACGAUCAAGCCUUCGACUUUCACUUUAAAUGAGCGCAAGUUGAAGUGUGUUACAGAUAGCUCAGCAGUGUGUGUCGUGUAUGUGUGCUGAAACAAAAAAAGAAGAGGAAAAGCUAGAAAUACAUCGAAACCUGUAAAGGAAAAAAAAAAGCUCUGCAUCAAUCACCAUAUAGGUAACAUAAUUCAUUUGCAGUGCUUAGCUUAGAGAAUGGUGAUGCACUACUGCAUAUGAUUCUGCAGUGCAAACGCUUCACAUGCCUACUUUAAGUGCGCAUUUUUAAAGCUGACCUUUGCAGGUUUUUGCUAAACUGUUGACCACAUUAUUUCAGGUUUGCAUACCGGCUGCUUUCAUAGCAGUGGAGUAAAAUAUGGAGGACAAGGGCACAUUUAGAUUUGGCCAGUUAUGCAUGAACUCUGGUUAAUGGAAGUUAGCGUAGCUAGUGGGUUAGACUGUUGCAACAGGAGCCGCAGCAGCUGUGUAUACAUAUCGGUGUUUACUAGUCAGCCGAGUACUGGAACGCAAGUGUAAACAGCAUUGUUGGUAAUGUUCGUCUGGUAUGUUUAAACCAGCUUGUGCUGGAGUGUUCUCUCACGUGACACUUCUUGGCAGGAAAGAGUAAAAGUAUGUGUCAGGUCUGUGAUGCUAUAAAAGCUUCAAUGUAGUAGGCAAGAGUACACAGUCACAGGACAUAGCAGGAGGCCCACAUGGUUUGCUUGAAUGAGACGCCUCAAGAUGCAGACAUAAGUGUUAUUUGCACCUCUGUUUCUGUAUCUCACUAGAACAGUAACCCUGAAAUGUCGACAUACUCGCUUAAGCUUGCAACUGAUUUAACACACAGUAAACACUGGUCUACGUUAACGAGUAGCAUGAAUGUGACUUGCCUCUUUGAAGGUUCCAGUGUGCAAAUGAUGACCUUUAAAGGGCUUGUACAAUCCAUGUGUCCUGGAUUAAUUCAAGUUAGAGGCAAUGUAGUUAUGUGCAGCUGCUGGCUGUUUGAUUGUCAAGAGUCGGUUGCUCAUCAUUCAUGACACGCAUGCACACCAUGCCUCUCACUUAAUUGUGUGGCUUUUCUCUGGAGAAGUGCACACUUUGCACACUUGAGUGCGUGCAUCUGGAAUUGUGUGUAGCAGUGCUUGUGUUCUUACAUAUCCAGCGCAACUGCAUGUGCUCACGUCUGCACGUUUAGUUUGGCUGUGGUCGGUGCAUUGCUGGAGGAGCGGACGCACCGAGUCCGACAUGGUCCUGUUUCGAGGGAAUGCACUACUCAUCCGCAUCUUUUCUCGGUGCCUCACUUUUCAUUUUCGAACGUUACAGUUACAGCCACGAUAUAGGUAAAGACAUAGCUAGCCGAGGACAGUGCGCUAGACGCUGGUACGUGUGAAGCAUAUUUUAGCCGUCACGGUAUAUAUAUAUAUAUAGUCAUUCGCUACAUACAGAACAUGUCUCAGUGAGCGCAUCCGCUCCCAGACUUUUGUGUGUCUCAAGCAACCACUAGGCCUCCAGUGUACCCCUUCCAGCAAUAUGCCCUAGUCAGCAAUACUGGGGCUCUGUGCCCUCCACUCGAGCUUGCUUCACAAUCUGGCCCUUGAAAAACAUGAGCGGCCCGUCGCACACACACAAUUGUUUCUUGCCAUUCAGAAAGGUGAACCUAAUCUUUAUGUCGUCCAAGUUUUUAAAAAUCUGAAUACCAAAGGCAAUAUGCAUAUUCAUUUCUGUUGUCUCGGACACAUACCUCACACCGUCCCCGUCUCAUGGCAAUACGGCUCACUCCCUAUCGAUUCUUGAAAUGAAACCUUGCAUUCACGCUAAAAAGAAGCAUGUUGAUGGCUUGCUUCCAGGGGUCUCCCUAGCAGCUUUCUGUAGUCUUAGUACCUCCCUUCUUUUUUUUCUUCCCAAGUACUACUAUACUCUACUGUGUGCCGAGUCGUAACCCGGCCAGCCACCAACGUAACUCGUAACCGUAACCACUGUGAUCUCGAUGUUGUCCUGCGUAGACCUGUAUCUUUCUCUCUCUCUGUCCGUUCCAUGCUCGCUUCACUACAGGAACUGUUAUCAGACAGUGUGGUUCUUUUCUCGCUGUUGUAAAAUCUUGUUAAAUGUCAUGCAAAUGAGAGACAUUUAUCCCAAAUAAAAGCUGUUUUUGUUGUUCCAA